CCUAUUAAAAACCCAAAACCUCUUCGUUUCUUCGCUGUUCGUCUUGACUUGUCGCGUCGUAAGCAGUCCUGAAUCCUCCGUUCUCUGCAAGCGAGAGCUCGGUAGCUCCGAGCUCUUCCAUUUUUUUUUGGCCGAACACCUCCUAUUCUACAAAACCCCCCCACCUUCCGAUUCCCAAUUUUCAGUCCUCUGCCCACUCUCAUUGUAGCCCUAACUUCCAAUUCAACCUUUUCUUUUCCGAUCCAAAGUUUUCCUCUGCAGAAAUGUCGUUUCUCGGAUUCUAGGGCGUCCUGGAUCAACACUGCUAGUUACCGAAGCCACCCUGUACCUUCUCUUCACACAGCUUCUCAAAAUCGUAAUCAUGGCUAUCCGUGUUACCUUCACCUUCUCCGGCUAUGUCGCUCAGAAUCUAGCCUCGUCGGCCGGCAGUCGCUUCGGCAAUUGCCGUGCCGUUCACGAGUGCUGGAUUCGGUCUCGUAUCUUUGGUCCCACCCAGAAGCCCGAACUCGAUCGUUCUGGCUCCUUUCGCAAUUAUCAAACUGAAUUUGUUCGUCCCCAAACCAAUUUCUGGGCUAAGAGUUCGUCUUCCAUGUACAGCACUCUCGCCGGAGAAAUUCUGGGUGAGAAUUCUAAGAGCCCCCUUUUAUUGGGCUUAAUCUCGUUGAUGAAAUCAACGGCAUGUGUAUCGGAGUCGUCUUCGUCGUCUAUAUCUACGGGGAUGUUUGGGAUUUCUCCGUUAAAAGCCGCUUCGAUCAUACCCUUUUUACAGGGCUCGAAGUGGCUUCCCUGUAACGAGUCUGUUCCUGUUUCAGCGGUAAAUGAAGUGGAUAAAGGUGGAACUGUAUACUGCGAGGCCUCUGAGAACUCGCACUCGCAGCAGUUAACAACAACAACGGGGCUGGAGAAGAGCAGCAGUUGGUUGUCGCGCUUGUUGAACUCAUGUUCAGAAGAUGCGAAGGCUGUUUUCACGGCCGUCACUGUUAGUAUUCUGUUCCGCUCAUUCUUGGCGGAGCCCAGAUCAAUUCCUUCUUCUUCUAUGGCCCCAACUCUGGAAGUUGGUGACCGUAUUCUAGCGGAAAAGGUGUCAUAUGUCUUCAGAAAUCCUGAAGUUUCAGAUAUAGUAAUUUUCAAGGCACCUCCAAUCUUACAGGAAGUUGGAUUUGGUUCAGGAGAUGUAUUCAUCAAAAGAAUCGUGGCAAAGGCUGGAGACUAUGUUGAGGUUCGUGAUGGGAAAUUACUGGUGAAUGGGGUUGUUCAAUAUGAAGAUUUCAUUUUGGAACCGCUUGCUUAUGAAAUGGAUCCAGUGCUUGUGCCAGAAGGCUAUGUCUUUGUGAUGGGAGACAAUCGCAAUAACAGCUUUGACUCCCAUAAUUGGGGACCUCUUCCAGUCAAAAACAUUGUUGGCAGAUCAGUUUUUCGGUAUUGGCCUCCUUCCAAAGUCUCUGAUUCAGCAAACAAUGCUAUACCAAUUGAAACAAGGCGAAUAGUUAGUUGGAACCGUUUGAUGAAGAAUUUUGAAUCAGCCACCAUUAACCGAUUGCCGUUUUACCUAAAACGUGCUGAACCCAAAAGCCAAGCAAAAACGUCAAAAAGGAAAAGGAAAGUCGUCGGAGUGAGUCCGUUGACGAUGAUGAUAAGUUGCCGUAUCCCUAUGUCCCUCCUUCUUCUCCUCCUCGUUUAUCAAUCAUUUAUUGUCGUAUCUACUUCUUCGUCCUCUCCCUUAAACCCCUCCACCUCAAAUCUGUUACAGGAUGUGGUAAAGAAAAUCUCGGCCAAGCAGAAAUGGGUGUUGGAGGACACUAGGGUUUCCAAAUUGGACCUUCGGAGGCUUAGAUUUGGAACUUCCCAGCGAUAUGAGUUCCGAAUCGGACUCGGGAAGACGAGCUUGCUGGCUAAAUUCUCAGACGAAGUGGGUUCCUGGAAAAAAUUCAGGAAACCCAAACACUAUGAUUUUGGGUCUUUGGUAAACGAAGUUAGUUCCAUGGCUGUACUUGAUACCUUCAAAGUGGAGGGUCCUCUCGACUUACGGGUCGAUUCUUCCGACGCCUUCCCUUCGCUUUUAAUGCCGAUGAACAUCACGCUUAAUGGAUUGAAUCGGAUUCUUGUUGGUGAAGGCAUCACAGUUGAAGUAAGAAGAGCUCGAGAAGUGUCUGCUUUUCAUGCAUCUGAUAUUGGUUUACCAGUUAAUGGAAGUUUUAUUAUCGACAAGGAGAAUAGUGACUUUUGGCCCUUUUCGCAUUCUUUCUGUAUACCUUUGGUGCCUGUUCAUGUUUUAGGGUCUACAACAUUAGUUACGACAUUAGUUGCAUACAGGACUGGAAAUCCUGAUGCCUAUAUUGAAACUAAUUAUCAGUCAAGGGAUACAAUUGAGUUGUUGGCAGAGAAGUGCUAUGGUAAUCAUAAAUACAGGAAGCAGGCUCGCCCUAUUGAUUCCCUAAGUUCAAGAAUGUCAAUGCUAGAAAAACUUUUGAGAAGUUUAGGUAAACACGAUGUAGGUUUUUAUCGAGGAACAAUAAAAACUUCAGCUGUUAUCCGCUUUCGGUUAGAACUGGAAAGAAAUUCUGGGAGUAAUGUCACUCGGCAGGCUAAGGCAGGGUGGAGAACAAGGCCAACUACUGAAUGGGUUUGGUUUGAAGUAUUGGCAAGAGUUGAGGAAGAGAAUUUGAAGCUCGUUAUGGUUAAGAAGCUAGAACCUUUCAUUGUAGCAGAGACAGCUGCAUGGAGUAGUUUAAUGUCAAAUAUCUCCUUUACGAAGUUCCCUUCUAUACUCGUUCCCCCCGAGGCUUUGACAUUGGAUGUCAAAUGGUAGGUUGAACUCCUUGUGAGUUGUAUCAUAGUUUCUUCGGGAAUGUUCUACAUAUAAGCGUCAUUUCUCAUUUGAUGAUAGCUAUAACAGUGCAAGUCAAUUGUAAAAGAAACAUAUAAUUUGUCUUGUAAAUACAUUAUUUUUUCAACAAAGAAAAGAAAAAGGAAAAAAAUGUGAACAAAAAAGAGUAACAACAGCAUACCUUUAGAA